AUGAACGGCAAGCAGCAUUUCUCCAUGCACCCGGCCCUGCACGAGCCCAAGUAUCCCGGCCUGCACUCGGGCUCGGAGGGCAUGCGCAGAGUCUGUCUGCCCGCCCCGCAGCUGCAGGGCAAUAUAUUCGGAGGCUUUGAUGAGAGCCUGCUGGCACGGGCAGAGGCUCUGGCGGCUGCUGACAGCAUUGUAUCUCACGGCAAGAGUCACCCGUUCAAACCAGACGUGACUUACCAUACCAUGAGCAGUGUCCCCUGCACCUCAGCCUCCGCCUCUUCAUCCUCCACCACGGUGCCCAUCUCCCACGUCCCCUCCACCAUCGCCUCCCACCACCACCUCGGACAGACCCUGGAGGCCGGGGACCUCCUGGACCACCUUUCCUCCAGCCUGGCCGUCACCGGGAUGGGGGCUCCGGAACCUCCCGGGAUGACCACGCCGGCCCACCACCACCACCAGCACCCCCACCACCAUCUCCAGACUAUGGGGCAACUGCACCAGGCGAUGGCCACCAUGGCGCACCCGCACUCCCUGUCCGUCCACGGGGGCAUGGCGUGCGUCAACGACGUGGAGUCGGAUCCGAGGGAGCUGGAAGCCUUCGCCGAAAGGUUCAAGCAAAGGAGGAUCAAGCUCGGGGUGACCCAGGCGGACGUCGGAUCGGCGCUCGCCAACUUGAAGAUCCCCGGCGUGGGCUCCUUGAGCCAGAGCACAAUCUGCAGGUUCGAGUCCCUCACCUUGUCCCACAAUAACAUGAUCGCGCUCAAGCCGGUUCUCCAGGCAUGGCUGGAGGAAGCUGAGGCUGCUUACCGGGAGAAAAACAGCAAGCCGGACCUUUUCAAUGGGAAUGAGAGGAAAAGAAAGCGCACCUCCAUCGCCGCACCGGAAAAGCGCUCUUUGGAGGCGUACUUUGCCAUCCAACCGCGGCCUUCCUCGGAAAAAAUCGCGGCCAUCGCUGAGAAACUGGACCUGAAAAAGAAUGUGGUUCGAGUGUGGUUUUGCAACCAGCGGCAAAAACAGAAAAGAAUGAAAUACUCUGCGGUGCAUUGAGUUUCACACGUCAUGAAUAAAAUACUACAUUUUUGAUCGAGUGAUUAAUAAUAGCCCACUAACUAACAACCAGGGAUUUAUCAACAUCUCGUCACGCUCAUCUGGGAUUAUCUCCAAGAGACUUUGUAGUAUUUAUUUCAAUUUUCAUUUGAAGUUGACUUUUAUGUCACUCAGUCUUCGUUCUUGCACAUUUUUCGGUUUGGGUCAUUAGUAUGGGACUUAUAAAUUAUUGUGCUAAAGGUCUGUGGGGAGGCUUAUUUUUGAUGUUGUUGCUCAUGUAUCUUGCACACCCGUUUUGGCUCACUCAUUAUGAAGAAAAAGGUCAUAUUUCUCUACAGAGUAUCCGAUUUUUUUCGUUGUCGAUUGUCAUCAAAUCCACUCAAAUAUUUCCUCACAUUCAGGGAUGUAUCCACCUUUUUAUCCGCAAAAUAGAGUUUACACCGUUUUAGGAAUCUAUAUGCCUUUAUGAGGUUUAUUCUAAAGUGGUAUCCAGUUGAUGUGAGUUAUGUGAGGAUAUAGAGGCUUAUAAGAGAUAAAAACACAAGUCGAUAUUUUUUGUGAAUUUAAUUUUGUUUAUAUUGGUGAUGGUUUUCCUUAUUAUAUGAUCACCGACCAGAGGUCUUAGUUCACUCACCUUUUUUUGUUUACCACUACAUUCACUGGCUCACAUUUAUGAAGCCUCCAUCAUCAUACAUUAUCUUGGACUUUUUCCACCUGCCAAUGUGUCUGUGCAUUGUACAGUGUUUUGGAACCGUGACACAAAGUGCAGACUACUGGAUGACUGAAUGUGAGUUCACCGCUGAGGGUUUCAAAAAAAAAAAAAAAAAAAAACAACUCACCCACCUUCCUAAGGAACACCGGAACAUUUUUUUUUUUUUUUUUUGAAAAUGAAUGUGCUCUCUUCGUGAACUGUAUGAUAUCUCAAUCACAAACGAGCAAGUACCUACAGUAAAACACUUUCACAGUCAACAACACAGUUAGUCUGUUCAUUCUCAGUUAUGUACAAAUGGCACCAUCUGAUGAGACACAUUCAUGGGGCUUUUGGAAGGCUGCUGCUAUAUUUUACACAUUGCAUAUUUUGAUGUGAACAUGUUUUGGAGUAUUACAGGUACAUGUAUAGGCCUACUUAUUAUAUACAUAUAAAUAUAUAUAACACCGAAAUACCUUGAGUAUUUUAUUUCCUCACUGUUGGAUUUCACUUGACAAAAUGUGUGAAGUUUAAACUUAA